AUGAUACCGAGCUGCAUCAGGAACGUCGCCGCGCAAUCGUCACGACGGAACAUGGCUUCAUUUUUCUUUAGCAAGAAAAGUAACUAUGCCACUGAAGCCUCCUUCGAGACCAAACCUUACCGCCUGCACAAACUGAAUCAUGGACCAUCCACUCAAGUUACAGUGACCCGGGAUGAUGCUAUCGAAUUAUUUAAGAAACUACAUACGAUACGUCGUAUAGAAACAGCUGCUGGCAACUUGUACAAGGAAAAGAUUAUUCGGGGUUUUUGUCAUUUAUAUUCUGGACAAGAAGCUUGCGCAGUUGGCAUGAAAGCUGCAAUGCGACCUCAAGAUGCUGUAAUUACGGCUUAUCGUGCACAUGGAUGGACCUAUUUGAUGGGCAUAGAACCAUUUGGUGUUUUCGCAGAACUCACAGGUAGACAAGGUGGUAAUGCCAAAGGCAAAGGUGGCUCGAUGCAUAUGUAUGCUAAAAAUUUCUAUGGAGGAAACGGUAUUGUUGGGGCUCAGGUCCCACUGGGAGUUGGGAUAGCCUUUGCACAAAAAUAUAUUAACAAUGGUGGGGUCUGCCUAGCAUUGUAUGGUGAUGGUGCAGCCAAUCAGGGACAAGUGUUUGAAGUCUAUAACAUGGCAAAACUGUGGGACGUACCCUGCAUCUUUGUCUGCGAGAAUAAUGGAUAUGGGAUGGGUACUAGUGUGGAACGCGCUGCUGCAAGCACGGAUUAUUACACCAGAGGCGAUUAUGUUCCUGGAAUAUGGAUAGACGGUAUGGAUGUAUUAGCCGUGAGGGAAGCUACGAAAUUCGCUAUAGAACAUUGUACAUCUGGCAAAGGACCAAUCAUUAUGGAAACCAUGACAUAUAGGUAUAGCGGACACAGCAUGUCGGAUCCUGGAACUAGCUAUCGUACGCGAGAAGAGGUGCAGGAAGUCCGACAAACUCGAGAUCCUCUGACCAGUUUCAAGGAAAGAAUUCUGAAUGCUAAUCUCGUCACUGCGGAUGAAAUCAAAACGAUAGAAGGUGAAAUCAGAAAAUCAGUGGACGAUGCCGUAAAGGCUGCCAAGAACGACAAGGAGAUUCCACUGAGUGAACUCACUGCCGAUAUUUAUACAACGUGUUUAGAAAAUGAAAUUCGAAAUACGACUCCCUUUAAUCCUCUAUCACACGCCAGACUAGGACCAGCUGUGAAUGCUUGAAAUUGCUCAAGAAUCGUCUCUUAAAAUAUUGUAUAUAAUUUACAGUCACGUGCCACCUUUCAAGACGUUUAAAUUAAUUAGACUUACAAAUAUAUUGCAUAGAGAUGUACAUGUUGCGCACAAUUCUUUAAUUCGAAAUGUAUAUUAUUAUUUUAUCGAAAAACAGAAUAUUUAUAAGAUAUAUUAAUUCAAAUGCAAUUUGCAUCAAUUUAUUAAUCUCAAUAUGCUUCAUGAUGUAUACACACAUUUUAUGUUACAUUUGUCAAAAAACUAUAUAUUUUAAAAAAUCCAUAUAAUAAUCGAAUAUAAUUUAGGGGUUUAAAUUUAUCUGUUAAUUAUAAUUUAUUUCUAAUACAUAAAUUAUUACAAAGAGAAGAUUCUUUAUGAUACGCGUAGGAGAUUCAAAUCAUUUAUUGAUAAGAAAAUAAACUUGUAAAAAAAAAUGAA